UUGUCGGGAAAGCUUGAGUGUUGGUUUUGGUGUUUUUGUUUAACUUCUACCUACUGGACGCGGACAGAACAUGGACCGUCUUCGGAUACCACUCACCAAGGAGAAUCUGGCCAGGGUCCUGCCAUGGCUGGAAAAGGAUUUCCCAAACAGCUUGCCCGUGUACCACAUGGCGCGCAACAUUGUGGAGAAUCGCUUCGCCUAUCCGGAGAUGAAGUUCAUCGUGGAUAAACUGCCUGUACCAUCUGUGUGCCUGUGCAAGCCCAUGCGCAGCAAAACUACCUCACGAUCGAUCUUCAAUGACCACUUGCUGGUCUAUGUGCACGCGCACUCCGUGAAGGCCUUCCAGAAAAUGCUGCGCUGCCAGCCGGAUCUCUUUCACUGGAGCAAGGACAUGACGUUUAUCGAUAUACACCCGGCAAUGGCGCAGGUGUUCAUGUCGAUGGAGGGCGGCGGCUUUUCACCAGUGACUCCGGAAGAAGGAUGCCCGUCAGGAGAGCGCGUGUUCAGUUUCGACCUGACCGGUGGCAAGAUUUCUCGGCUGCCGAUGCCCAGUGAUCUAGAUCUGCGUCUGGGCACCCUGUCCGCUACGCACGUUGGACAGAUCGCGAAAGAAUGCCGUUUCACGGCGCCAUCGUGGAAGAAACUCUUCCGUUUCAUGCUGUCCCAUGGAUUUCCCAGCGUGGCGCUGUACGACGACAACGUCGCACUGGACACGCCCAUCGCGUACUGCAUGUACAUGAUGCAGGGGUUGCGUCGGGGCCGUCUAUGUCCAGCCGGCGUAUCGCCAUCGAGAUUUAUUUGGAGUGGUUAUCAGGGAAUUGUUGAUUCAAUUGCAGACACGCAAAGUGCCCUCAGUGUGGAUGCAAACGAUGAAUCUUCCCUUAGAACCACAGUUGGAGGUCUUUCGCGGUUUGGGCGGUGUGGAAUACAAGCGCCGUGAUGCCCUGUGCUGGAUGACGUUCCGGACGCAGCCGGGUUAUAUUGAUCCGUUCGAAGACAUUCCCGUUGGAACGCGUCAACAGCGCAAACAGAAGGUGGGUGCGAUUCGCAAGAAGAACGCCGAAGCGGGUACCAGUGGGCCUCGACUGCCAGCUCUCCCAGGCAACCGUUCAAGAGGAUGACGAUGACGAGGAGGACGAUUGGCAAGAACCGGAAUUACCGGUGCCGGUGCUGCAGAAAUCGGGAUGGCAGGAACCGGGAGAAGCGACUAGUCGGAAGGUUCGCGACAGUGUUCCUUUUGGUAAACCGACCCGUUCGCGAAAGCCGAACAGUAGAGGGAGUGGAAAAGAUCUGGAUGACGAUGACCUGGGUUAUUGUCGUAAGGCAGGACGCGGUGAUGCCGGGAAGGGGAAACAGAAGGCUUCCAAAGGGCGAGGUAGACGCGAACGGGAUUUUGACGAUUGGGCCUAAAGAAAGUCACUGGCGAGAGGCGGUUUUGCGUUGGAGAAUAAUCCGGAUGACCCGUUGGACCCACCCGCUGAUUAUUUUUUCUGGAUUUUUCAUCAAUUCAUUGCUUUGAUUGAACAUUUGGUUUUUGUGUAGUUGAGUUGCACCUUUGACGCUUGGUCUUCCUUACGGAAUUACUCUUUCAUUGAAUCUUUCCUUACUUAAUUCAACGCUCAGUCCACUAAGUGAUCCUUUUGUAUAGCUUCGUACAUUUGAUA